ACCAACUGUCAGAUAUAUAACACACCCUGUGUUGCCGUCUUCUCGUUGGUAGAAGAAACGUGUUUUGUGCAGAAUUUUCAGUUCUUCAUUUUCGAUUUCGGUUCAGAAUUUUGUUUGUAAACACGCGUGUGGCGAAAUAAAAUUAGCCAAAUAUAGUUGAAAAAAUUGCUUUCGUGUUUUGCCCUGUACAACACAUCGUACAACAACAUCGGCAGGGAAAACAACAACAUCCGUAAGAAAAACAAAAACCACAAAAACAACAUAGCAAUCAGCCAUUAGCCAACGGAGCCAGAGCUGUGUAGCCAUAACCAUAGCUGCCAGCCAACGAACGGCAGAGCCAAAAAAUAAAGUGGAAUAAAUAGAGAAGGGGAGGUGAACUGCAAACGGAGCAGGAUCGAUCGGAUGUAUUGAAAAGAGAAGUGCGCAAAGCGUGCGGAAAACAUUUCGUAUUUGGAAAAAUCUUUUGAAAGCAAAAAAAGAAAAAAACCUUGAGUUUUAAUUAUUCCGACGAAAAAAGUGUUAAUAUUAGCAACACGGGACAGUGGCCGAAUGUGAAUAGUGUGGCAAAGCGUGCAAGUGAAAAAUUAGUAUAUGUAUAUUUUUUGUUACAUACAAGGAGUCUUUUAGAAAAAGCAGUAAUUUGUUUAGAUUAAAAAUAAAGAGUACAUGCAUAUGUAAUAGGAAAACAAACGCACUAUAACGCAAUCAACCGUAUUUGACGUGCAGUGCUAACACAUUUUUCAUUGGAAAAAAGUGUAGCAAAAGGGCAGGAUUGGAAAAAAAGGCGCCGCAUACAAAUGGAAUUCUACCCCCACCAACAACAACCACAUACUACUCAGCAAGUGGACGACGGUUCUCUAUCCGGCCCGGCAACUAACACAAAUACUAUCAAUAGUAACAACAGUAAUAUCAAUAUUAACAACGCUCGUAGCACAAACAUUACCCCGCCCACCUCAAAUACAAUCAGUUCAGCAGCAGCAGCCGUUCCCGUCGACGCUGCCACUGUUGCUAUCGCCAAGGAUAUGCUCCAAUUGCAUCAUGGCAGUGGUGCGGCACUAACCAAUAACAAUAAUAGUAACAGCAACAAUACUAGCAACACCAGUAAUAACAACCAUAAUAAUAGCUCUGCCCUGGAGGCCAUGAAUACAACAUCAUCCUCUAACGCCAACACCAAUUCGGUAGGUCCUGCAGCUAGUAGCAGCAGUACAGCCAAUAGUGGUGUCGGCGGAGCGAACGAUGGUUCAAUCAGUGCACCAACAACAUUGAUUACCAAUCACCCACCUGCCAAUGCCUCCGACGGCAACAGCAACACCACUAAUUCGGGUGGUAGCGGCACUGACGUUUCAACGGCACCAGACAAUGCGCUCGGGUUUCUAAAAUACGACCAGGAAUUGCUAUACAUCCUUGAGCCUAUAACUAUUAUCGGACGAAACUCGUCCACAUCACACGUGCACUUUCAUGUCGCCGAGAACAAUUUGGUGUCGCGAAAGCAUUUUCAAGUUCUUUACGAUGGAAAUGCACGUGACUUCUUCGUGCAGUGUCUAAGUAAAAAUGGCAUUUUCGUUGAUGACUUCUUGCAGCGACGCAAUGCUGAUCCAUUGAGAUUGCCUAACAGCUGUUACUUUCGCUUCCCUAGCACCGAGAUACGCAUACAAUUCGAAAGUUUUGUACGCGGUAGCACUUCAAGUGCCGACGCUCUAAAUAGCUCGACCAGCAGUGGCACAUCCGUUCCGUAUCAUAACAACAGCCAUCAAAAUAUAGCUGUCCUACACAAUAGCACUGGCGUUAGUGGUGGUGGAGGUGGCGGCCCUGCUCAAUUUAUUAUUUCGCCUGCGCCACCCGAUGAUCAUCAUCAUCAUCCACAUGCGGUGACUGGUUCUUCAGCGCAUGCGUCAACACAUGGCUCUCAUCAUCAGCAACACCAUGUGUCCUCAAAUGCGGUGUCGUCGUCGACUCACUUGCUGCCGCACAUGGAUAAUUCAAAUGUGUACUCGCCACUAAAGAUAUCCAUACCGAAGAAGGAGCAGAAGAGCCCAUAUUUAUCACCAACUGGUACAAUAAGUGCUGCUAAUAGUUGCCCAGCCAGCCCGCGUCAAGGUUUUCAUCAGAACCAAGCCAACUACAAUAAUUAUAGCAACAACAAUUUGCAAAACCAAGAUCUAUUCCAAACACCAUCGACAGCUAGCUACAACCACAAUGAGAAGCCACCAUAUAGCUAUGCUCAGUUGAUUGUACAAGCUAUAUCAGCAGCACCGGAUAAACAAUUGACACUAUCGGGCAUUUAUUCAUUCAUUGUAAAGCAUUAUCCGUACUAUCGUAAGGAAACUAACAAAGGUUGGCAGAACUCUAUUCGCCAUAAUCUCAGCUUGAAUAGGUAUUUCAUUAAAGUGGCACGCUCUCAAGAUGAGCCGGGGAAGGGCAGUUUUUGGCGCAUUGAUCCCGAUAGUGGCGCCAAAUUGAUUGAUCACAGCUACAAGAAACGCCGUCAGCGCAGCAGCCAAGGUUUUCGCCCAUCAUAUGGCAUGCCGCGUUCGGCACCGGUCUCACCGAGUCAUAUGGGUAUGCAUGCAUAUAUUCUUUAUAUAAUAAUUAAUUAUUCAAAUUACUUUACAGACAAUUCGCGUGAGAGUUCACCUUUACAGGAUUUCGUUCUGCAAUCGGCCCCUGGCUCGCCUGGCAUGUCAAUCGAGCAGCGCGCUGCCGAUGGUGAUCUUAUGUACAACAAUACAACUCAGAAUAUGCACCAUUCGGCGGCUAACAAUUCCCACAAUCAAUACAAUAGUAGCGGAAGCCCAUACUAUGUUUCAAAUCAAAAUUCAGCUAUAACCGGUGGACAACAACAUCAACAGCAGCAGCAGUUGCACAAUGAGAGUGGAGCUGGCAAUAUUGGCAAUAGCAGUGGAAAUGGUGUUGGCGCCUUGAUUGCACUCAAACGCAAUCAUGCAAUGGCAGCUGGCGCACAACAGCAGCAGCAGCAACAGCAGCAAGUGCAAACGUUGCAUCCUGACAUCAUAUAUGAGGAAAUGCCCACUGACUACAGUGGAAAUAUGGAAUCGGGCGAUGAAUGUGGCAGUAUUGGUGGUGGUGGUGGCAGUAGUGGUAAUGGUGGUGGCUCUAGUGAUGCUGCCAAACGCCCCAAAUACAUUUCCGAAGUACUCUGAUGUGUUGCUGUUGCCGUUUCCGUUUCUUCUAAUGUUUGCAAGUAAAUAAGCAAAUUCAACAUAAAACAAAACAAUGAUAACAUUAACUAUUGACAAACAAUUGCCGCCACAAAAUACCCGUGCGCUCUCAAAUGCAUACUUUACAUAUAUACAUACAUACAUACAUACAUACAAACAUUUAUUUUAAAUGUAAAACCAAUUUGUUAUACACAAUGCCCAAUUCAUGAAUAGGUAAUAAUUUUCAAACGGUUCCGCCUAUUGCUUUUCGCUCACGGUAUAUUUUAAAAGCACAUGCAAAAAACAAGCAUAUUGAUACCUUUUAUCAAGCUUUUAUUUGUAUUUAAAUAGCUAAUAGCGCAUUUGGUAUUUUUUAAGAAUUCUAUGUUUUGAUCAAAAACCGUCUCACCUUAAUUAAAUUGACUGCAAGUGUUACCUUAGUGUCACCUAAAAAAAUAUUAAUACCUUUCUGAAUUGGGCUAAAAACGUGAAAACACUAAACACAGCAGUGGCACAGCGCAGAGCAAAAGACACUGAAACAUAUACAUACAAAAACAGAUAGAUACAAACAUUGCAAAAACUGUUGAUGGCGAAUUGCUUCAUGCGAAUGAAAUAUUAAUAUCACAACAAAACUUGUGGAACAAACAGGAAGACAACAAACAAUGAUAAAUCUUCAUUACUACACCAUCGGUAUAUUGAAUUUAACAAGCGAAAUAUGUAAACAAAAAAGUAAUUGUUUUAUCGUUUUUAUUCUCUCUGAAAUAUGAAUAUACAAAUCACCCUUUAUUGCUUUAAUAUUUGUUGUAAUGAUUUAUUCGUUAAACGAUUAUCAAAAUUGUAGAUGUACUUGUGUACCCUGGACGAAUUCAAUAUGCUUGAUGAUGCUAUAUUAAACUACUUAGUAUGAAAAAGAGGGACAAAACAAGAAAAAAAGAAAACAAAUUAACUACUUAAAAGUUGAAAAAAAGCUAAAUACACACAAAAAAAUCAAAACAAAAAUAAAAAACAAUUUUAAGAAAUUGUAAACAAGCAAGCAUAUGAAAGUAGUACAUUUUAAAUGGUGGAAAUAAUAAUAAUUUAAUAUACAAGUAAUAAUAAAUAUACAAGCUAAAAAUAAAGCAGCAUGUUUGGAAGCAGGAAGCAUGGAAUGGUGGAUACAAAAGCAACAUCAAAAUAGGCAAGGAAAAGCAAAGCGAAGCAAAAAAUUAAUAAAUCAUCGUUGUGUGGCAACUGAAAAGGAAGCAAAAGAAUUAAUUACCUAUCUCUACAUACCUACAAUUAUAUCGAACCUAAAUCUAGAAAAACAAAUUACAACUAAUAACAAAAAUUUUAAUU